AUGCACUUCAUCAACAGCAGCAUAGUGGCUCCGCAUCUCAGAGUAUAUAGAGUUGUCGAUGUUGCGUCGGAAGCCAUGUGGUAUAUCACGGGUCCGAAGCUGGCGCAGAGGGCUGCUCGUCAUGCCUGGGUAGGCACUGGAUCAGAGACAGUUGCAGAUGCAUAUGGCCGAGCUGGAGAUGAACGCUAUCCCCUGGAUGUACAAGACUUUCUGAAAUUGUUGCGACGCAAAUUUGGUACCUUAGUUCGAGCCUGGCGCGUCGCACUGGACAAAGAUAGUGGAAGCGAAUUGGAAUUUUGUGAAUUUGUGGCUGCCGUGCGCCAAAUGGGCGCGGGGCAGAAUGCGAGAAGCCUUUGGUUCAACUUGGAUGUGGAUCAGAGUGGCACCUUGAGUCUUUACGACUUGGACCCAAUUGCUGCCCAUGCUUUGGACAAAUUCCGCUAUCUCUGUACCAGUCAGUAUGGCUCCAUUCAGAAUGCUUUUGCCAAUGUCUUGGAUUUGAACAAGUCCGGCAUGAUUGAUAUUGAUGAGUUCAUUGAAUGCACGGGAGAGAUGGGCUAUGAUGCAGCCGCCGCACAAGAGCUUUUCGGCUUUCUGCGGCCACGGCCAGGGGCUCGCGUGUUGAAGUCCAUUGAUUUGGAUUUUUUGCAAAAAUGGGAAAAUGCCAAACAAGAGAAGAAGGAGAAGGCUGGCACUUUGCAUGUAGGCUGGGUGAAUCGAGAUCCAUGCGCAGCCUGGGAAUAUCGGCAAAUGGCAGAGAAAUUGGCCGCAUCUGGCGAUACAAUUGCCGCUCCCAGAGAAAAGCAGAGGAUGUCGGAAACUCCCUUUACAGCAACUGCUGUGGCAAUUGCAAAAGCCACAGCACACGCACAUGCUGGUGAGUCAGAUUCAGCUGGCAAAGAGAGAGCUGAAACUUUGACUUCACUGACUUCACUCUUUCCAGCUGAUGCGAAGAAAGCUGCUGGGCAUCGAAGAGUGGAGAAUCAUGCAACAGCUGCGUCCAUCAUGAAAGCAGGAGAGAGCAUUGGAUGUUACAGUAUGCGCCUAGCUUCUGAUAAUGAAACAGCUUUUAGCCGCUUUAUCCAAUAUUUGUUGGACAGGUUCAAAUCCUUGGCGGCUGCCUGGGAUGCUAUGGAUCCACAGGACACUGGAGAGGUCACAAGGUCAGGUUUUGCCUCUGUUGUUUGUUUCAAGCUGGGCUAUUGCAAGAAGGCACCAGAAGCUCGCAGGCUCUUUGAAGCUUUGCCUAAAAAGGACGCACAUCGCAUCACAUGGAGAGAUUUGGGACUGACGGCUGAAGAUUGGCUGGAGUUUUCAACUCAGAAGAAAUGGGAUGUGCUGCAGAAACGCUUAGAAGCGCAGAAGAGAAGAGCCGGAGAUGGUGCCAGAAAGGCACUCCAGCAACAUUACGAGCGGUCUUUGAAGAAGGGACCACAGGCAAUUUUAGCGGUUCUGAUGCUGCUGGUGCUCAGCCUGGGCAUUGCCUUCGUUGUGUUGCUGGUGAAAAUAGGUGGUGCUCCUGGUCUAGCUGACCGAAAGCGAGCACCUCCAGAUCCCAAUGAACCUACUUGUUGCGGCUUGGUCUUAUUUGACUGUUGUGACAGGCGUCGUCGCAUACAGAACAGUCGGAGCCGGGAUGGCUCCAAAGGCCCACAUACCUCUCGUGAGACUCGCGAGACUCGGGAGGGUCGAGAAAGUGCUCGUGCCAGUGCACGAAGUUCUGCACGUGCUGGUCGACAGCGGUCCAAGGCUUUCUCCGAUGACAACCCGAUGCGAGAGUAUAGACCUGCUGAGGCUUCAGCUCCAAGUCACCGCACUCGAAGCAAGUGGGACGGGCCAGGUGCUGGUUCUAGCACCGCAUAUGUGCCUCCUCCAUCUGGUGAAAUAGCGCCUUCUUUCGACCCCUGGGCGCCUGAGGGUGUUUAUGCCCGACGACAGAGAGAAAGAGAGAAGGUGAAACGCCGCAAAAGCGCGCGAGAUACGGAAGCCAGCCGGAAUGCAGAUGAGGGUCCUCGCAAUGAGGACACGCAGAUCGGAGCCAGUAUUAGUGAAUUCUUGAGACGUGGAGUCGCUCAGGCCGCACCAAAACCAGCUGUGGAAAGACCUGAGAUGAUGCCGUCCAAAGAUGGUGGCUUCAUUGCGACAAUCCAGCAGGGCUUUCAAGGCAUUUUUGGACAUUUGGCAACUUCCAAAGAGGAGGUUCUGAAGAUGCGUGGCCCCAUGUCCGCAGUCGAGUACGAGGCUGUGCCGGGAGACGAUCUAGAUCAGCAAGUGCAAAGCUUGGCAAGGCAGAUCCCGGAGCACUUGGGAGAAUGGCUGAAGAUCUACCGAAAAGCUCGUGGAGAAUACGAGGUCAGUGGAGAAGUUGUCCGAAUGGCAUGGCAGUCCACUGUGGGUCCCACAGCGGAGAUGCCGCACGGACAAAUCCGACGUGAGGUCUUUGUCUUUGUGGAGUCCGAUGAUGCUGAGAACGAUGUACCCGGUGAGCCUCUACACCUCUACUUAAGGCACACUGCCAAUGUGGCCUAUGAUCUCCACUUUGGAAGUGCCAUGAUGAAGGUGCCUGAACAGAAUCGACUGUCCUUUACCGAAGAAACCGGGACGUUGCUGAAAGACAGCGAUGCUGACUCGAAGUACAAGGCCAUGUUGUUAGCCAGUGAGCAGGCGCUGAAGAGGGAGCGAGCAGCAAUUUCAUUUAGGAAAAAGAUGGAUGAUGAGGCUUUGACCCGUCCAGCUAGCCCCCCUAAGGACAAGGGCAAGAUAGAGGUGGACAAUAGUUCGCCCACGUGGCGGCCCAGUGGGAAAGAUCUCACCAGCCGAUCUUCUACACGCAAUAGCUUUGAGGAUCUCCUAGCUUAUCUGCCACCUUUGCUACCACUGCUGGGGCCUUGUCAGUCUCGAGAAUUUUGUGAACAUGUCCAAGUCUUGAUGUCUGCAAAAGAUCUUCAACUCACCUGGAAGCUCCCCGAAACAGACACUGAAUUUCAACAGGAGCCAUCUUGGAGUCAUCUGCAUUCGCCGCUGAGCUCCGCUGGUUUGAGGCUUCCACCGGCACUUCCAGGCCCUGGUGGCAGUUUUUUGCUGCCUGGCAGUGGCUUGGACUUCCUGCCUCAGGCUGUGACGUCCCAGUCCUUUCAAGACACCUGGAAGCUCCACCGCUCCACCAAGUACGCCAGGGGUUUCUUCCAUGGCCUAGCAGUAUCCCUGCGAGAAUCGCUACAGGCCUUGGAGUUACACCGAGCACCACUUUUCCUGCCGGGGUGUCGGUGGCAGCUUUUCGAUGACCAACGGGGUGUGCUGCCUUGGAAACCAGCGUACCAUCAAACUUGCAGUGCCAAAGAUGCAAACCUCCUGGGGAAACCUGCCACGGACGGGAAGCAACGUCUGCUUCUCAUCAAUGCAGAUGCUGAAGGGCUUUCUCAAACAUCCGCUGCACGGCUGUACAGCCCAGGUCCAAGUGGGGAUGCCCUUUUCGCCAUUGGUUGGUGGGACGCCAAGACGGUGGCACCGCCACCAGCGUGUAAGGAUGGUCUGUGCACAGGCGCCACCGGAAGGGUCGUGCUGAACGUGUGCCCGGAAGGCCAUCUGCUGAUCAACAAGGUGGUCACUGGUGGCCUCUUUGGCCUGAAUCUGAAGCGCUGCGUGCGCUGCAACGAGCAGCUCAAGACGGGAUUGGUUCGCCACAGCUGCAAGCUUUGUGGUUUUCACCUCUGUGAAUCGUGCUGGACGUUGUGGAUGGCUCGUGAAGCCCCCAAGACCUUACUAAGCGGGUCUGUGUCGGCCGCAGCAUCCACCUGGUCGACCCCUACGCGGUCAACGCCAACUACACGUUCCACCCCGACCACACGUUCCUCUCCAGCAAGGGCGAGCAGCAGCACUAGUGUUGCUGGGAAGGUGCCUGCGUGCAAAUAUGGUGCAUCUUGCUACCAGAAGAGCUCCUGGCAUCUACAGCAAUUUGCACACCCAGGGGACCACAACUAUCGCCAUGGCCUCGUAUCCUUUAGUGCUGGACAGUUCCCAGAAUUUCAGAACCUUUGGCAGCUCUUCCAGUUCUAUGACAGAGCUGAGUCUGGACAUUUAGACAAAGAGGAGUUCAUCCAAUCCCUGCAGAGUUGUCAGCGUUUGGGGGGUUGCUCGGAGCUUAAAGAGGAGGAAGCCUGGGCACAGGCUGGAGGCCCGUGCACGGGCUUCCUGAACUUCAGCCAGUUUGCCCAUUUUGCAGAGGCCCUGGGCCUGACGCUGCCGGUGGGCUUGGAGCUGUCUGGAGUUCCGCGCCCCUGCAGGUUCCGGAUCCGCUUGAAAAACAACGGAGAGGACGGCGAAGAGGAGUUUUCCUGCAGUUGCACAUGCUUUGAUCCGGACGAAAGAGGACAAGGCGUGCUAUGCAAAUGUGGGCACAAGCUCAGCAUGCAUAGGUCCAACUACGCGGAGGACACCUCUGUAGCCAACAUCGAUUCGCACCUGCGAGAUGGUUGGGUCCCAGAUCAGGAAGGCCUUGUGGCCGUGACCGACCAGGAGCUGCUUGCAAGGCUCCAGGCGGUCUUGAAUGGCAGCCACAAGACCCAUGACAACUGGACGCGAGACAGAGGCUGCAGGCUGCAUGGUGUGAAUGGAUGCUCCUGGGCCUGUGCGGCCAAGAAUCGUUGUCCAGUGCCAACUGGUUUCACAUUACAAGCGGCCUACAGGAACCAGAGCCCGGAGCUGUGGAGAAGGUACUGCCUGUUGAAACAGGCCAUCCGUUUGGAAUGCGCCCGUGGAGAAGAAUUCCCGCAACCCUCCUUACUUAGUGCAGCUGACCUGGAUUCUGAAUUGGACAAGGACUGCAACGAAUGGCGCUGCUUCCACGGUAGUUCACCUGACAGACUCAGAGGCAUUUGCGAGACGAACUUCAAGCCAACUAUGGCGGGGACAGGUGCGACCUGGAAGGACUCAGGUGCUUCGAAGGGUACACCGCUGUAUGGUUUUGGCUUCUACUUCGCUGAACGCAUCACAAAGGCCGAUGAGUAUGCAGGACCAGCACCGGAUGGAGAGCACGAGGGGCUCUAUGCGGUUCUGCUUUGUCGAGUUGUGGGCGGUCGAACCAAAGUGGUCACCAACAAUGACAUCAAUAUAGAUGGGCUACGGGGCUCUGUGUUCGAUGGUCCGUACCAUUCAGUCUUUGGUGACCGCGUAACAACACUUGGAAAACCCUACCGAUGCUUGGCUGCGGGUUGA